UUCACUUUCGGGUUAAUCAUUCCAAGUUCAGCCGGAGCGGCGCGCACGCACCUCGGCUUUUAUCUGAAUUGGUCCUCCGAAUUUUGCGUGCCAGUCUCCAGAGGGCGGCCGAUUGUCACGUCUUGAGCACGCUACACGGCCAGGCUGCCAGCUGGCGAUGGGCUUUCUCGGAUGACGGUUGGGGGGCCUACCUGAAACGCAAUACGGUAGAUGACUUGUCUUCUAGCCUGGACCGGAUCAGUCCGGUUCAUCUUUAAACGGCUUGCGGUGCAAAAAAGAGAGAGAGAGCGAAAUAAAGUUCCAGUCUGAUUUCACAUACAAGGAGACUGAUGACGUCACGCUAACGCUCUGCCCUGGGGGGCCGGUCCUGUCUGCUUGUGCCAUCCCGCGGCUUGCGCUCCAUAAUAAAGUGACAACCGUGUGAGUGCGGAUCUGCGAGGCUGUGCACUUCACUACGCACGGGAAAGAGUUCCGAUCCAGGAGGAACACGACGCCCCCCCCCGGAGCGAUGGCAACACAACUCUUUGACAAAGAGACAACAAUUGAACUGAGGAAGAAGCACAUCGGGCCAUCAUGCAAGGUGUUCUUCACCAAGGACCCCAUAAAGAUAAUCCGCGGGCAAGGCCAGUUCCUGUAUGACGAGAAAGGAGAGCGAUACCUGGACUGCAUCAACAAUGUUGCACAUGUGGGCCACUGCCACCCACAUGUGGUGCAGGCCGCCAUCAAACAAAUGGAGCUGCUCAACACCAACUCCAGGUUUCUGCAUGACAACCUCGUCCAGUAUGCCCAGCGGCUGACUGCCACCUUGCCAGAGAAGCUCAGCAUCUGCUACUUUGUCAACUCCGGCUCUGAAGCCAAUGACCUGGCAUUGAGACUGGCACGGCAUCACACGGGGCAUCAGGACAUCAUUACCCUGGACAACGCCUACCAUGGCCACGUGACGUCUCUUAUAGAUGUCAGCCCUUAUAAGUUCCAUCAACUUGGAGUGGGGGCAAAGAAGGACUUUAUACACGUGGCUUCUGCUCCGGAUGUGUACAGAGGAAAGUUCCGUGAGGACCACCCGGACCCUGCUAGUGCGUAUGCAGAUGAAGUGAAGGAGAUCAUCGAGCAAACACAAAGAAAAGGCCGCCAGAUUGCUGCCUUCAUCGCCGAAUCUCUUCAGAGUUGUGGGGGUCAAGUCCUUCCGCCACCGGGCUACUUCCAGAAAGUGGCACAGCACGUGCGAGGUGCGGGUGGUGUCUUCAUAGCCGAUGAAGUCCAGGUGGGCUUUGGCCGUGUUGGGAAGCACUUCUGGGCUUUUCAACUACAAGGAGAGGAUUUCAUGCCAGACAUCAUCACCAUGGGGAAGCCUAUCGGCAACGGGCAUCCGAUGUCUUGUGUGGUCACGACUAAGGACAUCGCCGAGAGCUUCUUGAACUCCGGGAUGGAAUACUUUAACACGUUUGGAGGUAACCCCGUGUCCUGUGCCAUCGGAUUAGCUGUGCUGGAUGUCAUUGAAAAUCAAGCUCUCCAGAAACACGCCGCUCAAGUGGGCGAUUACUUAAUGGCCCUGUUGAAUGAGCUGAAAGAAAAGCAUCCUUUGAUUGGAGACAUAAGAGGCACCGGGCUGUUUGUCGGGGUGGACAUGGUGAAGGAUCGUCUGAAAAGAACGCCGGCCACAGCCGAAGCUCAGUUUGUGAUCUACAGGCUUAAAGAAGAGCACAUCCUCCUCAGCGCCGAUGGUCCUCACCGGAAUGUUUUAAAAUUUAAACCGCCAAUGUGCUUCUCUCGAGAAGACGCCAAGUUCGUGGUGGACAAAAUCGACACCAUCUUAAGUGUCAUUGAGAAAGCAGCUGAUCCCGACAGAGAGACUCACCAAGAGACGCCUGAGAUUGGGGGCUGCAAACGCAAGGACCCCAGCCUGCCAAAUGAGGAUGACGAGGAAAAUGUCAGAGGCGGUGGAAGACGGCAUGUCGGCCCUGGAGAAGAAGCCACCCAUCGUCACAAAGCAGCCAAGAAAAGAUUAAGAACGUAGCUCCUCCUAUGUUAUUAUACGGUAUUGUAAUUAUAACGUGUACAUGAUCUGAUAUAAAUAUGAAUGUAAACUCCU